AUUAGAGUGAUCUUUUUCUUAUUUAUUCAUUCAUCGUGUUCAUUAUUCCCUAAAAUAAAUCCGCAUGGCUACAUCACAUCCUAACCAAGUUGCAUUCAGAGAGGGAGUUCAAUAUUUGUUCUACUCUUGGACAGCACUCAAAUUAGCAGUUGACGGCGAAUGGGGAGGUCAUGAUUCCGAGGAUAAACGGGAUUGGUUCAUCGAUACUAUUGUUGACUACUUCGGCCAGCACGGCAAAAAUGUGGACACAUUCGAUUUGGAGGAUAUUUUGGUACAGAUCAUGAACGAUGAGUUUUCGAUUCUACUAGAAGAUCAAUCAGAACGACAUAUUGCAAAAGUUCUAGAACAAUUGUUUCAAGAAUGCACACAUGGUAAAUAUGAUCUUGUGCAGACAUUGAAGCAAGACUCGCAAAAAGUCAGCGGGGCUUUGAAGGAUAGCAAGAGUCAAAAACAGAAUCAGGGUGAUGACGAUGAUAGCAGCGAUGAUGAUGAUGGUGAUGAUAAUGAAAGCAACGGUGGCAACAAUAUGGAUGUUGAGAUGGAAGGUGAAUCAUCUUCCUCUACCAAUACUUCAGGUAUUCAGAGCAGAAGAGAGAAGCCAGAGCCGAUCAUUGAUGAAGAUGGCUUUGAGACAGUUGUCAAGGGCAGGAGGAGGUAGAGGGAGAUUGCAAGUAAAAAUCCACUUCAUCUGAAUAAUUUAAAUAAAAACUCUGGC